AUGCGUGAUGUACUCUUUGAGAAUUAUUUUGAUAAAGGUAUAAUGCGUGAUGUUAAGGAAUAUAAUUAUUUUGAUAAAGGUAUAAUGCGUGAUGUUAAGGAAUAUCUUUAUUUUGAUAAAGGUAUAAUGCGUGAUGUUAAGGAAUAUCUCUCUAAGAACUUUGAAAUGAAGGAUAAGGGUAAGACUUCAUUUGUGAUUGGAAUAGAAAUGUUUCAUGAUAGAUCACAGGGGAUUUUAGGUUUAUCCCAAAAGGCUUACAUUAACAAAGUUUUACAAAGAUAUAAACUGGUAAACUGCAAAGAAGCCAAACCAUUGAGGAUUCAUUGUGAUAAUGCGGCAACUGUGUUCUUCUCAAAGAACGACAGAUAUACUAGAGGUGCCAAGUACAUGGAUUUGGAAUUUCUGUCCGUUAAGGAGAAGUNACUCUUUGAGAAUUAUUUUGAUAAAGGUAUAAUGCGUGAUGUUAAGGAAUAUCUCUCUAAGAACUUUGAAAUGAAGGAUAAGGGUAAGACUUCAUUUGUGAUUGGAAUAGAAAUGUUUCAUGAUAGAUCACAGGGGAUUUUAGGUUUAUCCCAAAAGGCUUACAUUAACAAAGUUUUACAAAGAUAUAAACUGAGCAAUAUUUUGAAAAAUGUGAAGGAGUCUGUCAUUACUCCUUCCACUAUGGAGGCAGAAUUUGUAGCAUGCUUUGAGGCUACAGAUUAA